CUCCUGACUCAUCCCCCUGUCACACAGUCCUUCUUGCCAGAUCCAGCACUUAAUUCAGAGAGAGAGAGAGAGAGAGAGAGAGAGAGGAGAGAGAGAGAGAGAGAGAGAGAGAGAGAGAGAGAGAGAGAGAGAGAGCAAGAGAGCAAGAGAGCAAGAGAGAGAGAGAGAGAGAGCAAGAGCAAGCAGGUUUGCUGCAACACUAUAAGAACUACCGGUGAAUUUCUGGAGGAGCAACUAUAAACACUGCUAAUAGGAUACUGGGCAAACAAUUUGUGGAACAGAAUUGCAACUUUAACUGUAUUUACAGUUAGUUACAAGGUUGGGAGAUUGUGCAAUAGUUGGUAUUAGUAAGUUAACUCGUGAUUGUAGUGAGAAGAGCUGGUGAAGAAACAAAACUUCAACCAUGGAGGAGGUAGAGAACUAUACCAGUCUACACGAGUUUACUGAGGAUAUAUCCUCCAGAGGAAACAAGCCUAUCCUCAACAACCACAAUGCCCAGGAGCUGAAGAGGGGGUCAGAGUGUCUCAGAGGUCAGACUGCCCUCUUUGUGCUGAUUGGUCUAUUGGCAUCCAUCUGUGCCAACAUCGCUCUGAGCGUACUCUUGUUUAGCAGGCCGUUACCCAGUGUUCCCCUGGAGGCAGCAUCUCUGACCCUGAAGCUGAACUCAGUUCGAGGACGAUAUGUCAGUCUCUGUGAUGACUACUCCAAACUGGGCCAGAGCUGCUCAAAGACAGUAAAGAAGUGUAGGGAGUGUCCUGAGGGCUGGAUUCAUGUAGGUGAGAAAUGUUACUCCUUCAGCAAUGACAAGAUGGACUGGCCGAGCAGCAGAGACAGUUGUACUUCCCUGGGCAGCCACCUUACCAUCCUGCACAGCAAGGAACAGCAUGACGCUCUGGAAAAAGAGGCCCGGAGGAUUGGCGGGUUUGACUACCACUUCUGGAUUGGCCUAUCAGAUAGAGAGAAGGAAGGGGAUUGGAGAUGGGUGGACAACACAACACUGACAAACAAGUAUUGGAAUGAGUAUAGCUCUGAGCCUGACAAUCAUCAGUCAGGAGGAUCACAUGGGGAAGACUGUGCCACCUUGGACAGCCAUUCGCAGACCUGGUUUGACGUGCCGUGUGACAACAUCUACAAACGCAUUUGUCAGAUGGAUGCCAUCCGGCUAGACUGAAUCACAGGACUAAAAUGAAGCCAUGAACUACUACCCGCUCAUCUCGAUCUGCCAUCCACGUAUUCAUGAACGAUGGCAAUGUUGUCUUAAAUAGUUGAUCCUUUUUCUGUCUUUCAAGCGAUUUGAGAUGUUUUAGUGCAAAUGAAAAGCGCUAUAAAAGUGAAAUCACAGUUUUUACUGGAAACAUCCAAACUGGGAACUGAACUUGGUUAUGGAUCAGAUUUAUUCACCUACACUGCCAAGUGUGCGUAUUACUUAGUAUUUUCUCAGAAACCAUAAAGCAAAAUGGGACAGGAGAGGUUAAGAGAAGGACUAAGAUAUCGAACGUCAAGACGAGAUGAAUGAUAGUUUUAUGGUAUAGGUAGUUUCAUGAAAUGUUCAUUCCGUACUGAAAAUAACAGAUGCAAACAUCUAGCAAAUCUGGCACCUUCUGCAAGGGGAAUUUAAAUUCAUGCACUCAAUUUAGUAAAUCAGUUACUGCAAUCAAGGAGGUAGAUGCUCUAAUCAACUCUGCUGCCUGCCAAACGGAUUGCUGUGAUACUUUUGAGCAAUCUGCAUGCUUUUUGUUUUGUGUGUGACCUGUACAGAAAUCUGCAAAAUAUACUGUAUUGCUGCACUAACCAUGAAAGUGUAUUCCUGAGAGUUAAUGUGUCAUUAAAAACUGUAUUUUCAAAUUAAUUACUCUACCUCUGAUGUUUCUUUCUGGUUUGUGUCUGGGUUUUUUCCAGUGUAUGUUACAUUUUACCGGAAAUAAAAAAAAAAUGUUUGAAAA